GCGGGCGUAUCCUUCGUCGGACCGGGCGGCUCUGCGUCUGUCUGCGCGCGUUCUCCUCGCGAGUGUGUGUUUAUGUGCUGAUUGUCGUCCGCGCCUGAUGCCUGCGUCCUGCUUACGUUUCUCAUCGCACCACGCCGGUUUUCUCAUACCUCACGCCCAAUAACUACCUUUGAUUACUUUUUUCAGCGAUAUUAUUUUGUUUAUAAUAAUCUUGACUGCAGUUCGCUGAACAAAAUAGCUAUUUACUAUAAGCAGUGCACUUUAUUCACGCGCCCGUCAACAUCACGGGCCUACAGAGGAGCUUGGCCUAAACGACGGCUGCUCUUCGCUUACUCGCACAUAUAAAACGUCUACGGUCAUCGAAUAGUGUGUCGGCUGUGGAGAUCACGAGCUUUGCAACACCCGUUUCUUUCCACAAAACUUUGAACGCGUUCAGUUUACAUAAUACAGUCCAACAGGUUUCCGGUUUUAUUCCUCAUUCAUAAAGAAAUACAAUUUCAUUGGAUAGCCACAGAGUAAAAAAGCUUGUUUCAAUUAACGUGUUAAAUUUUUUUAUUUGCCUGAACCGCACAUUCAUGUUUACUGAACGUGGCCGUAACCAGUAUUUAAGAAUAAACCAACAAAUAGACAAAAAUAAAAUAUGAAUUCCUUAUUUGAUACCAAGGUGUUGGUGUCCACGUUUGGUGUGAAAAGUGAUAGCAGCAGCCGGCGCGUGGUAUCGCCGCUGCACGCCGCAGGCCGGUCUGGUGGAGCGCCGUCCAACGGCACCGCCCGCCGUGGAUUCGUUGUAUGAAAGUGUCGAGCAACAGCGGCAGAGUUUGCGGAGGAGACAGUGGCGGUGGUUGCGGCAACGGCGACGGGGACGGCAACGAAACUGGAAGACGCGGUGACGGCGGUGGCGGCGCGCCCUGCAGACCCAGCAGUGACGGCGGCGGGGGCCUGGUAGCCGGCGUGCUGGUCAGCGACCAAGGAGAAGUGAUCAGCGACCGGUAUGUGGGAGUGGCGAGGCGCCCAUUUGCCUCACGCCAAGCGUCCGAGCGCGGUUCGACUAAGGCCGACCAAAGCGACAGUGACGAUGAGACCACGCUCAGGCAAAUGCUUGUGAGCUCAUACAUGGUGGAUGGUUUGCGCAGUUUGCAACACCAGGUGACGGAUAUGAGCGCCAAUCUGACGACGCGUCUGGACGAGCUGCAGUCACGUGGCGUUUCGCCGAGUCCAGCUGCCACCGCAUACUACGGCACCGAACACCGGGGUCAUGUGGAGACAAGUGUAGCCUUAUCCGAGAUACGGACACAACUGCACGAGCUGACCCGUUCGCUAGAGUCAUGUCAAUCGGAAGUAACCGAAGUGAAGCGCGACAUGGUGGCCAUCAAGAACGAAUUGGACACCGUGCAACAGGUCAAAGAAGAGAUCGAAGAACUCCGAGAGUACGUGGACAGGCUGGAACUGCAAUCUCACCGCCGGAAACUCAAACUGCUCGAACAGGGACUAACGUUCUUUUUAUCCUAUGCGAUCCUGGCGUCUAUGCUGGGCAUGCUCCAGUUCGGUUACAACACUGGAGUGAUCAAUGCACCCGAGGGAAAUAUAGAAAAAUUUAUCAAGGAUGUAUUUUUAUCUCGGUACAAACGAAACAUGGAAGACGGUAGAGCCGAAUUUCUAUAUUCGUUCGCCGUUUCCAUAUUCGCUAUUGGCGGUAUGUUGGGUGGAUUCAGCGGUGGUAUUAUCGCCAACCGUUUUGGCAGGAAAGGAGGUCUAUUGUUAAAUAGCUUUGUUGGCAUCGGUGGUGCCUGUUUAAUGGGUCUUACGAAGUAUUUCAACUCCUAUGAAGUACUCUUUGUCGGACGAUUCAUUAUAGGAGUCAAUUGUGGUUUAAAUACAUCACUAGUACCAAUGUAUAUAUCAGAAAUCGCACCGCUCAAUCUACGAGGUGGGCUCGGCACUGUCAAUCAGUUGGCCGUGACCACUGGAUUGCUCAUAUCCCAAAUAUUGGGUAUAGAACAAUUUCUGGGUACAGACGACCGCUGGCCUGUGUUAUUAGGAUUAGCUAUAUGCCCUGCCAUAUUACAAUUAAUUUUAUUGCCCGUUUGUCCCGAAUCACCUCGGUAUCUAUUGAUAACUAAACAGUGGGAAGAAGAAGCUAGAAAGGCUUUGAGGCGAUUGCGGUCGACCAACCAAAUAGAAGAAGAUAUUGAAGAGAUGCGGGCUGAAGAACGCGCUCAACAGUCUGAAGCCACAAUUUCCAUGAUGGAAUUGUUGUGUUCGCCCACUUUACGGCAACCGCUAAUCAUUAGUGUUGUCAUGCAACUUUCUCAGCAGUUGUCAGGAAUAAAUGCCGUAUUCUACUACUCAACUAGCCUGUUCGUGGUAGCUGGUUUAGCAGAAAAUGUGGCAAAAUUUGUUACCAUCGGCAUUGGAGUGAUCAUGGUGAUAAUGACACUAGUCACCAUGCCAUUGAUGGACAAAACAGGGCGGCGUACGUUGCAUCUUUACGGUCUUGGUGGAAUGUUUAUUUUUUCAAUUUUCAUAACAAUAUCAUUACUAAUAAAGGAGUUUUUUGGUUUUGUUAAGGAAAUGAUCGACUGGAUGUCGUACUUGGCCGUUGUAUCUAUACUGGGAUUUGUUGUGUUCUUCGCUGUUGGACCGGGAUCUAUACCUUGGAUGAUAACCGCAGAGCUAUUUAGCCAAGGUCCUAGGCCAGCGGCCAUGUCUAUAGCUGUGCUCAUCAACUGGGUAGCCAAUUUUGCUGUCGGCAUAGGCUUCCAACCACUAAAGACUGCUCUGGAUAAUUAUACAUUCCUACCAUUUAGCGUGCUACUGGCAAUAUUUUGGAUAUUUACCUACAAGAAAGUACCAGAAACUAAAAACAAAACUUUCGAAGAAAUAUUAGCCAUAUUCAGACACAAUGGCAGAGGAAGCGUCUUAGAAUCAAGUCUUUUGUAUGGGAGUAUGUUAACUUAUUCAAACACGUUAGACGAAUAUUUACCACCCUCUGAAAGGGCCUCAUUAAUGGUGGCUGAGGAGAAACCUUUGCCUGAUUCAUCACCAGUACAACAAUCACCGACGGACCAGGAAAUGUGUGCUGUAUGCGUCAACACUGGCAGUUCCCUCAUGAUGACUUCUCCGAGCGUAACUCGCCGACCGAGUCAUCCGCUCAGUAAUCAUGUUUGCCCGAUUGAUUAAAAAUCUGUACCAUAGAUAAUAAUUUUAAUAAUUAUUACCUAUGAGCAGUGCUAAUUCUCAAAUUAAUAUAAUUUUCUAGACCUAGACAUAUAUAGGGAUCAUAUAAACAUUUUUAUAGUAAUAUAAUAAUCUUUAUUGUAUUCUAUAAUAGAUAUUUGUCUUUAAGUCUAUUUAAUUGUCCCAUUCAUUUGUAAUAAAAAUAUAUAAUAUAUCGGCAACUCUUAAUCGUUCAAAACACUUUAGGUAUGGUAUUCAGUCUAAUAAAAUAAUCAAUCUUGAAAAAACUUUUUGAAUCAGCAAAUUUCCCCAACUUUCCUUCAUACAAAUUAAUUCAAUUUUAUACAUGAUUUGAAUAAUACUUGGUGAUCAUUUUUCUAAAAUUAGUAUGAAUAUAAAAUAAUUCAAUGGCUUAAACUAUUCUGACACGACUUAGGGUUUAUUAAAAAGAGAUAUUUUUCAUUAUUAUUGAUCAAAAUUAAGCAUGUAACACAAAACAUAUAAAUAUUAUAAUACAAAAUUCAGCAAUAUUGUCUACGUAUCGUCUUUUCAUUUUCGUUUUUCGUUAUAUUAUUAUUCGCAAGCGCGAUCUUUGUAUAUAUUGUUAUUGUUUCAUUGAAUUUAAUAUAUUACUAAUAUAAUUAUAAAAUAAUUUUGUUAUAUUGUAAAUAGAUGAAAAUUUUAAUAACUACAAAAAACUAAAAAACGCUCAUGAUGACUGAGAAAUCGUACUAUUAUAAUAUAUUAUAAUUCACUAAUUAUAAAUACUUGUGGAACUUACAAUGUUUUUUUAUUCCCUUUAAUAAAUUUUAACAUUUUAAUUUUUCAGUGUAUUUAUUUUAAUAGUGAAAAAUAAAUUAAAUAAAACGAUAUAUGUUUAAAUAUACCUAGUCAAUUUUUAAAGUAAUAUUGUUUUAGAUAUUUUAAAAUUUGUUCAUUAUGUACUAAUAUUUCAGAAUAAUAAUUUAUAUCUA